UACCGUAUCUCAACGGUCCGCUCUUAUACGAUUGCGGCAGGCCUCGAAAAGACCACCGGUGCGCUCGCUGCUCUACUUGACCGCAGUUCCGCGCGCCCGCUGCUCUCGCGUAUUUCGUCCCUACGAUGAAUCUGUCGCUGGACUCCUCCGAGUUGUACCAGCGGAGGGCCGAGCAGCUCCGCAAGGCGGUACAGGGUCUCUCCAUGUCGGAGACGACGCCUGCAUCGUCGUACACGAGCGAAGACUACGCGAAUGUGACGACCACGUCGAAAGGCGCCAGGGCAAAUGGCGGUGCCCCGCCGAGCAGUCCCGGCGACGAAGAGGAACCGCCGCCGUUGCCGCCGCCUCCGGUACACCUGACACGCAAGAACGACGCGCCUUCCGCGAACCGCAGCUCUUCCGUCACCGUGCUGCCCUUGCUGGACGUGAUGGCGUGCUCCAAGUGCGGCCACGGGUUCGGACCUUCGGAGCAGAUUGUCAAUUCCUGUGGCCAGGUCUGGCAUCCUGAAUGUUUUGUAUGCGCGCAAUGUUUCCAGCGGUUUCCCGGAGACGUCUACUAUGAGUUCGGGGGCCGCAACUACUGCGAGCACGACUUCCGCGUGUUGUUCAUGCCGACGUGCGCCCAGUGCAACGAGGGAAUCACGGGUCGCCUGAUCAGGGCUCUGGGAAGGGACUGGCACGCGCACUGUCUCUGCUGCCGACGCUGCGGCGAAUGCCUCUCCGACCAAGGACUGCUCAGCAUACACCGAAGACCUUACUGCAGGAAAUGUUACAACGUCAUACAAGCGGAGUACAUUGGCAAGCUGAUAUGUGCAAAGUGCGACGAGGUAAUAGACGAGAACCCACUCAGACGACAGGGCGAAGUUUACCACCCGUAUCACUUCAACUGCGUUAAAUGUAGUGUGGAACUGACGAGCGACGGGCGUGAAGUGAACGGCGAGAUGCACUGUCUCAAAUGUCACGACAAGAUGGUCACCUCGGUGUGCGCAGCAUGCAGAAGGCCCAUCGAAGAUGCGCGCGUCGCCUGUGCGAUGGGAAAGAAGUGGCACGUUGAGCACUUCGUGUGUGCGCACUGCGAGAAGCCGUUCCUUGGCCGCAAGCACUACGAGAAGAACGGUCAUGCCUACUGCGAGACUCACUUCGAGCAGCUCUUUGGAUUCGUCUGUUUCGUGUGCAACCUGCCAUCGGCACAAGGUUACAAGUCUCUGAACAAAAUGUGGUGCCCGCCACAUUUUUGCUGUUCCUAUUGUGACCGGCCUCUCGCUACGAAGUCCAGGUUUCUCGACGUCGACCUAAGGCCCGUGUGCAAGAAAUGCUUCGAGAAGCUUCCCAGCGAGCUCAGAAAGCGGCUUCUCAAGACGACGGAGAAAAGCCACUUUUCCAACAAAUAGACACACGCGUCUAGAG